UCCAUCCGGGUCCUGCCCGGGCCGGGCGGUGCGGGCGGCGCGAGCCCCGGCGGGACAGCGCGGCGGCGGCAUCCCUGGUACCAAACCACGGUAGCUGUCCAAGCAGAUACGUUGGGUUUGCGUGGCUUGGCUGCGUUGCGGCGCCCGUGCAGCCUACCCAUGAGCUCAGACUUCCAGCAUUACAGUUUCAGGAUGCCGAACAUCGGGUUCCAGAACCUUCCUCUCAACAUAUACAUCGUGGUUUUCGGCACAGCCAUCUUCGUCUUUAUCCUCAGUUUGCUCUUCUGUUGCUACUUGAUCAGGCUCAGGCAUCAGGCACACAAAGAGCUUUACGCCUACAAACAGGUCAUACUCAAGGAGAAGGUGAAGGAGCUGAACCUCCAUGAGAUCUGUGCCGUGUGCCUGGAGGAGUUCAAGCCCAAGGACGAGCUGGGGAUCUGUCCCUGCAAACAUGCCUUCCACAGGAAGUGCCUCAUCAAGUGGCUGGAGGUGCGGAAGGUGUGUCCCCUGUGUAACAUGCCGGUGCUGCAGCUGGCGCAGCUGCACGGGAAGCCGGACCCGGGCCCGCCGCAGGGGCCGCUGCCCGGCUCCCAGAACAUCGUAUAGUCCCUGCCGGGCCCGGCCCGCGGCGCUCGGACACAACCAAAGCACUUCGGCCGCAGCUGAGCAGCCCCGAAUCCCGCCGGGAUGAAGCCUGGGCUCGGAUCCUCCGCCAGGACCACCAGGGGACUCGGCAUCCUCGGCACGACAUCCUUCUUCCAGCACCUCCCUUCUCCAGCCCCGCGGCCGCCGGGCAGCGGCGCGGUGGCACCCAGCGACCUCCGGGAGCGGCGGCACGGCCCCCGGGCUCCGGCAGCGCCUGCCCCGAGCAUCGCGGCCGGUUCCUGCUCCCCCCUCUUCGCCUUCGGUUCCUUUGCCUUUGCGGUUCCCAGCAGGAAAUGGGGUCUCUCCCCCUGGAGUCGUGCUGCGGUUCGGUGUCCCCUCGGCACCCGGUGUCACCCCCGGUGGUGGCUGAGAGGGGUCUCCCGGGUUUGGAUUCCCCCUCUCCCUCUCGAGGGUGGCUGCCUCUCCUCCUCGGCUACCUCAGGGGCCUGGAGCUC